CGUCCGCGUGCGUGCGUGCGUCGGUUGCAUCAGCCAUUGAAAUAGUCCGAAAUCGCGCUCGCGAGGCCAGCCAGUGAUUCCACAACGAUUGUGACUAGUAUUCACGGUCGGACAACGGGCCAGCCAACUACAUCGGUGUGUGACAGCAAGGCGCGCGAAUACACAAUUAAAUAAAUAUGGGUGUUCCGGCGGGUGAUCCAGAGAAAGGAAAGAAGAUCUUUAUUCAAAGAUGUGCACAGUGCCAUACAGUUGAAGCAGGUGGCAAACACAAAGUAGGUCCUAAUUUACAUGGACUUAUAGGUAGAAAAACUGGCCAAGCCCCAGGUUUUCUUUACACCGAUGCCAAUAAAGCGAAAGGUAUCACUUGGAACAAGGAUACCCUGUUCGAGUAUCUAGAAAAUCCAAAGAAAUACAUUCCCGGCACGAAGAUGGUGUUCGCCGGAUUGAAAAAGCCACAAGAGCGGGCUGAUCUUAUAGCUUACUUAGAACAAGCGACAAAGUAGGCGUCUCUCUACGCGUGCAUGCUACUACUCGCGGAAAUCGCGACGAAUGCGAGCGAGCGUGCGAGAUGCCGUAUAUGGCAUGAGUCGCGAUAUUAGUACGAUUAUCAUCUAUUUCAUCACGUCUCGUCAUCUCACUCGUGUUCAUCUCAUGGACUCUCUUCUCGAUGGUACUCAAAAGCGUUCGCAAUACGUGUUCAAAUAGUAAUGAAUUGUUAUUGUAUUGUUGAUAAGUAGGUAAUUGCAAAUAUGUAUACAUGACGUGACACAGGGGUUGGGCUCGUUCCCGACUCUGCUUCUUUUCUUCUUCACACCGAAGAGAUAUUCUCAGGAACGCCAAACGCCCGCCAUGCGAGUGAUUGAGUCACUCUUCCGCGGAUCCUGCGUCCUUGAUUAUUUAUUAUCAUUGUAUCAUGCAGCGAGUAUUGAUCUGUAAAUCAGAGACAAAAUACAGAUUAGGUAAUUAAAAA